AUGUUCUUCUUUGUACCCGGGUUCACCUGUGGGAGAACCCUCAGCGCAUCCGGUCUUGGAUGUGUUCGGCACUUCCCUCAGCCGAACCAAGCUGUUCCAGGCCACCACGCCGAGCCCUCGCAGCCGCGGGGCUUCUGCCUCUUCGGGAACGUGGCGCUCGGCGCGGCCCUGGCGCAGGCGAAAGGCUGGGCAUCCAAAGUGCUGAUCGUGGACUUCGAUGUGCACCAUGGCAACGGCACUCAGCGGAUGUUCGAAGAUGACCCCAGUGUGGCCUGGUGA